AUGGCAGAGGAUCGAACAAUCAAACAACUGCGGCGGCGGAAUCACCACCAUCACCUCCAGAUCGUCAACCAUCCGGCGGCAGAGCUCGAAAGCAAUGAGAUGUCUGCGGAGCAAGACCUCAUCCAAACACGCAGAGCCCAAGAAUUCACUCUCUCCGAUCUCGCAGCCGCCACCGACGAGUUCGCAUCGGAGAACAAGAUCGGCGCCGGUAGCUACGACAUCGUUUACAGAGGCAAGCUCGCCGACGGCAAAGAAGUCGCGAUACAUCUCAUUCGUCAACCCUGA